AGUGUUAACCCUAUUAAAAUUCUAACAUUAUAUACUAGAACUUGGAAAGCGGGAGCAGGCCCAGUUAAAGACUUGUACAACAUAGGAGAAAAUCCACAGUAUAGCCUCGAGACUAAAGGUGUUGGAUGUGCUGUGUGGAUCCUGUUGACAAGACACAUUACCGAUCGAGAUGAUUUUGCAGACAACAAGGAAUACAUCACUGUCUUGGUGUAUAAGAAUGAAGGAAACAAGGUGUACUACCCAUAUGACCCCGCUCCCUUCAUAGAUGGAGUUAGAAUCAACAGUCCCCAUUGCCUGUGUAAGCUAGUUAUCCCACCAGCAGGACCCACUCGCUACACUCUGGUAGUGUCCCAGUAUGAAAAAAUGAAUACGAUACAUUACACCCUUCGGGCCUACUCAUCACUUCCGUUCCUGCUAAAUAAAAUCUCUAAUCCUUUCAAGUUUAAACAGGAGAUAAAGAAUGGUGAGUGGACAGAAGCUACUGCAGGAGGAUGUGGAAACCACCCUCUUACGUACCAGAUUAAUCCUGUAUAUCAGAUUUCUCUACAGUCUGCUUCUGAUGAAAACCAACUCCUCGUAGAUCUGAAGGGUCCAAAGCAGUAUGCUGUAGGGUUUGACGUAGUAACUGUGAGUGUCAACAACACCAAUGCCUCUGGAUAUUUCUCUAAAAAGUCAUCAGGAGCUUUUAGGUCAGGGUUCAGCAUUAUGGAGCUACUGGACGUUCCAUGUGGGGUAUAUAAUAUCAUACCUUGCACUUUUCAUCCUGGACAGAAGGGACCUUUUUUUCUGACUGUUCAGGCUUCCUGCCAGAUUAAGAUAUCUCGUUUGAGGUAACCCUUACUCAAGACAUUACCCAAACUUGUACAGAUCUUCUGCUUUAGUUACCAGGAAUACUGAGUUUUAAAUUUGUUACCAUGAUAUAAUGAGUGUUUUACACAAAUCAACAUAGUACAUUAUUACACCAUUUAGAUGACUCUGAACUGGUGCUGAUUCUGAACUCCUUCGCAGUUAAUUCAGACUUGGAGAGAGGCUUUAUGGAUGAAUAUAAUGUAGCAUUGAUAUCCCAUAUGGACAUGUAAUGUGGCAUGAUAUCACAGACAGGUAUAUAAUGUGGACAACAUCCUAAUUUAGUGUGUAUACUGGGAAGAUACCCCAUUUGGGAGUAUAACAUGGUGUUCACUAGGGGGUGAAAUUCUUGCUGGUUAUAUAGCAUAUUAUGACACACAAGUUGUGUGUCAAAUUGUGUGUCAUAUAACAUGAAAUAGCACAUCUGUUAAUUACAUAAUUAGAUUUAAUAAAACCUUUUCCGUAGAGUUAUAAAAUCGUUGAUAAAAGUUUCCAAAAUACAGUUCUUGGUACAUGUGUUGUUCAAACUGUAUGAAUGAUAACAGAAAUAUUAUCACAGUUUUUACAUAAGUAACAAAACUCUUAAAACAAUUCUGUGUAUGUCAUAAAAUAUCACGAUAAGAGAAUUUAUUCAGUUGUUAUUAUUUAUAGUAGAAACAAAAGUGUAUAUAUUUAAUAACUCCUCACAAAAUUAUAAAAGGAAUUGUUAUGUAUUAAGGCUUAACACUUCAGCUUUAAGAUAAUCUGAUUAUUCUUCUACCAUCAUCAAAUCAUGAAUUGUGGCAAAAUAACAAACAUGAAGACCAGCCUGUCAUUCAAUUUACCAGUUUAAACUUGAAUAAUUAGAAAGGUUUUGGGGAACUCCAUUCCUCAUCAGUAACCCUCGGGGCAUGUUGAAAACAAAAAGAAGACUGGAUGGAAAACUCGGACAUUUUCGCAUGUGAUUUCCGCCUUAGACACAAAUCAUUCAUUAAACUUGGAAAGAUGAAAAUACAUUUGAGAGUCACGUAGUUGUAAUUUUCUUUAAACAUUGUUCAUUUCCACACCUAGCUUUGUGUAGUAUAUCUUGUUGCCAUGGUAACUGAACUACUGAAUGUAGUAGUUGAUAAAGCCUAUAAUUUACCCUACUAUUAUGUUUUGGGUCCAUUUAACCCGACAGGGUUUUCCAUAACGUUAUAUCUUUGAGGUUAAUUUCUAAUAUCUAACACAAAAGAGUAAAAGCUAUGAAAAAGAAAAUUCUUUUUUACUUCAGGACUGUUUCCUUUUGUUUGAAGUUUCAUCCGGACCAAAACAUAAGAGGAUUGGAAAAGAUAUGUACACACACAUGUAUACAUUACUGUGAUUGUUAUUGAUGAAACCUAGUCGAAU